AUGAGAGCCCUCUCUUUUCGGUCUCUGGCAGCUGUGCCUGCUGGCUUAGCAACUCGGUGUUAUGGCGGGCAGUGUGGAGCACGACCUCCUGCGGGUGGGCGAUAUUCGCGGGGUGGUAGUCUUCCGUAUCCUGACCGACGAAAUGUGCCGACGGAGCCACAGAUCGUUGCCCGUCUCAUCACUUUUUUCCCGCCUAACAAGGCGUUUGUUCCGAUCAGCCGAUGGGCUGCUGCGCUUCCGGAUGAUCUGCGAGAAACACUGGUGCCAUAUGGAGGCCUCGGCGCCUUUGUCAGCGCACAGAGCAACUUUUUCAUGAUUCGAAAGGAGAACGGUAUGACGGUGGCAUCGCUGUCAGCGAUGGGAACGGAGCUGGCAAGGGAGCACCAAAGAAAAGAGAAACAAGAGAGGAAGCGCGCGGAGAAGUUCAAUCAGGGGAGAGGCAACUUUGCGCCGCGCGGCCGUAGCUUUUCUCCAUUCCGAGGCGACCCGUCACGGAAAUAG